UCACCAAAGUUUGAUUACAUGAUUUGACAGCAAUAUUGAAGAGUCUAGCAGCCAGCAUGCAGGUUGUUUUUCUUGAUCAUGAAAAUGCCAACAAAAUUCUGAAUCGGCCAAAGAGGUAUAAUUCAGGUAAAUUGGAAGAGUUUGUUCAAGGGAACCUUGAGAGAGAAUGUAUGGAAGAAAAGUGUAAUUUUGAAGAAGCACGAGAAGUUUUUGAAAACACUGAAAAAACAACUGAAUUUUGGAAGCAGUAUGUUGAUGGAGAUCAGUGUGAGUCCAAUCCAUGUUUAAAUGGUGGCAGUUGUAAGGAUGACAUUAAUUCCUAUGAAUGUUGGUGUCCAUUUGGAUUCGAAGGAAAGAACUGUGAAUUAGAUGUAACAUGUAACAUUAAGAAUGGCAGAUGCAAGCAGUUUUGUAAAAAUACUGCUGAUAACAAGGUGGUUUGCUCCUGUACCGAGGGAUAUCGACUUGCAGAGAACCAGAAGUCCUGUGAACCAGCAGUGCCAUUUCCAUGUGGAAGAGUUUCUGUUUCACAAACUUCUACACUCACCCGUGCUGAGACUGUUUUUCCUGAUGUGGAAUAUGUAAAUUCUACUGAAGCUGAAACCAUUUUGGAUAACAUCACUCAAAGCACCCAAUCAUUUAAUGACUUCACUCGGGUUGUUGGUGGAGAAGAUGCCAAACCAGGUCAAUUCCCUUGGCAGGUCGUUUUGAAUGGUAAAGUUGAUGCAUUCUGUGGAGGCUCUAUCGUUAAUGAAAAAUGGGUUGUAACUGCUGCCCACUGUGUUGAAACUGAUGCUAAAAUUACAGUUGUCGCAGGUGAACAUAACAUUGAGGAGACAGAACAUACAGAGCAAAAGCGAAAUGUGAUUCGAAUUAUUCCUCAUCACAACUACAAUGCAACUAUUAAUAAGUACAACCAUGACAUUGCCCUUCUGGAACUGGAUGAACCCUUAGUGCUAAACAGCUAUGUUACACCUAUUUGCAUUGCUGACAAGGAAUACACGAACAUCUUCCUCAAAUUUGGAUCUGGCUAUGUGAGUGGCUGGGGAAGAGUCUUCAACAAAGGAAGAUCAGCUUCAGUUCUUCAGUACCUUAGAGUUCCACUUGUUGACCGAGCCACAUGUCUUCGAUCUACAAAGUUCACCAUCUAUAACAACAUGUUCUGUGCUGGCUUCCAUGAAGGAGGUAGAGAUUCAUGUCAAGGAGAUAGUGGGGGACCCCAUGUUACUGAAGUGGAAGGGACCAGUUUCUUAACUGGAAUUAUUAGCUGGGGUGAAGAGUGUGCAAUGAAAGGCAAAUAUGGAAUAUAUACCAAGGUAUCCCGGUAUGUCAACUGGAUUAAGGAAAAAACAAAGCUCACUUAAUGAAAGAUGGAUUUCCAAGGUUAAUUGAUUGGCACUGAAAAUUAACAGGGCCUCUCACUAAUCACUUUCCCAUCUCAUUAUAUUUGAAUAUAUACAUUCUAUGAUUAUUGCUUUUUCUCUUUACAGGGAAAAUUUCAUGUUUUACCUAGCAAAUUGAUUAGAAAAUGGAAUCACUAGAGGAAUAUAAUGUGCUAGGAAAUUAUAGCCAUUUCUAAGGGCCCAGCCCUUGACAAAAUUGUGAAGUGAAAUUCUCCACUCUGUCCCUCAGAUACUAUGGUUCUCCACUAUAGCAACUAACUCAUCUGAUUUUCCCUCCUUAGCAGAUUCCAUCUUUCCGAUCUUCUUUGCUUCUCCAACCAAAACAUCAAUGUUUAUUAGUUCUGUAUACAGUACAGCAUCUUUGGUCUACUCUAUCACAAGACCAGUACCACACUCAUGAAGAAAGAACACAGGAGUAGCUGAGAGGCUAAAACUCAUCAAAUACACUACUCCUUUUCCUCUAUCCUAUUCCUGAAUCUUUUACCUUUUUCAAAUCCCAAUCCCCAAAGCAGUUUUUAUCUUUCUUACUCCCUCUCUCCCUUUUACCCUCCACAGUCAUUAAAGGAGAGAUGGGGAGCAUCAUUCUGUUAUACUUCUGUACGCAGUUAUACAUGUCUAUCAAACCCAGACUUGCUUUCAUAGUGGAGACUUGCUUUUCAGAACAUAGGGAUGAAGCAACGUGCCUGAAAAUUUUGGGGGGAAAGUUUCUUUCAGAGAGUUAUUAUAUAUAUAUAUACAUACACACACACACACACACACACAUAUACACACAUAUAAUGGAAGCAAUAAGUCAUUCUAAGAGCUUGUAUGGUUAUGGAAAAAAAGCUGACAUUGACGCAGAUAUAUUGUACUCUUUCUAAAAAUUAAUAAUAAUAAUGGUAACAGAAAGAAGAGAACAGCUCAUUUGCAGUCUACAACUAGUAGAGACUUUGAGGAAGAAUUCAACAGCGUGUCUUCAGCAGUGUUCAGAGUCAAGAAAGAAGUUGAAGUUGCCUAGACCAGAGGACAUAAGUAACAUGUCUCCUUUAACUGGCAUGCCCCUGAAGUGGAGAAGGGUGCAGCAGGCUCGAAGACAUAAGUCAUUCCAAUCAGCCAACUAAGUUGUCCUUUUCUGGUUUCAUGUUCACCGUGGAACAUUUUGAUUAUAGUUAAUCCUUCUAUCUUGAAUUUUCUAGAGAGUUGCUGACCAACAGACGUAUGUUUCCCUUCGUGAAUUAAUAAACUGGUGUUCUGGUUCAUACCUUGGCUUUUUGUGAAUCCCAUUGAUGUGAUUCAGCCACCCUGUAUUUGAUGAUGCAUAGGACUACUGACAAAAUCACUUCGACCCCGCCAAGCUGCUGCCUUCUCUUGCCCCCCCUCAUCCCCAGCCAGGCCUCACUCUUGCUAAUUCCUUUAGUUCUUUUAGUCAAUAUAUUUUUGUCUUCGCAUAUAAGUAUAAAUAAACAUAUUUUUAAAUUUC